AGGCGCUCCCGCUCGGUGUCUCGUUCCCCGCGCGGGCUCCGGAGGAAGGGUUUGGAUGACUCACCGGAAGCGGAAGUGAGGGGCGAGGCGCUCCCGCACUGGCUCCGGAGGAAGGGGUUGGCUGACGCUGCGGAAGCGGUGCAGGGAGCUGCAGCAGGGGGCUGUGAUGGAGGGUGUGUCAGGUCGCUACGACUUCUAUAUCGGACUAGGCCUGGCUCUAUCCUCAAGUAUUUUUAUCGGAGGAAGUUUUAUCCUAAAGAAGAAAGGGCUUCUCAAGUUGGCCAGCAGGGGCUACAUUAGGGCAGGACAAGGAGGUCAUGCAUACCUGAGGGAGUGGCUUUGGUGGGCAGGACUACUGUCCAUGGGAGUUGGAGAAGCAGCAAAUUUUGCUGCAUAUGCCUUUGCCCCAGCAACACUAGUAACUCCAUUGGGUGCAUUAAGUGUUCUAGUCAGUGCAGUUUUGUCGUCCUACUUUCUGAAUGAGCACCUGAAUGUCCAUGGAAAGAUUGGAUGCAUCUUGAGUGUUCUGGGCUCCACAGUGAUGGUAAUCCAUGCCCCACAGGGGGAGGAGGUAUCCAGCCUGGAGUCAAUGGCAGAGAAGCUUAAAAAUCCAGGGUUUAUAGCCUUUGCGGUGUGUGUGCUGGUGAGCUCCAUUCUCCUUAUCUUCGUGGCUGGGCCCCGUUAUGGGCGGAGCAACGUUCUGGUGUAUGUUUUGGUCUGCUCUGCCAUUGGCUCGCUCUCAGUGUCCUGUGUCAAGGGCUUGGGCAUCACACUGAAGGAGCUGUUUGCUGGGAAGCAGGUCCUGAAAGAACCGCUGGGCUGGAUACUCCUGAUUUGCCUGGUGAUCUGCAUCAGUGUCCAGAUUAACUACCUGAACAAGGCCUUGGACAUCUUCAAUACGUCUGUGGUCACACCUAUCUACUACGUCCUGUUUACCACAGCAGUCAUGACUUGUUCCGCCAUCCUAUUCAAGGAGUGGCAACACAUGGUCCUACACAACAUAAUUGGCACUAUAAGUGGCUUUCUAACCAUAGUCUCUGGCAUUUUCCUUCUGCAUGCAUUCAGAGACAUCCCCUUCACCCCAGACCUGCUGCCCCUCUUCCUGAAGCAAGGAAGGGCAGACCUGCAUUCUUUUUGGAGGGGAGCAGACAAACACCAGUCAUGUCUACAUCAGCCUCUUCUGGGCCCAGAGGACAUCCACAAGGGUUCUCAGAGUGUGGAGGAGGAAGGUGAAAGUGUAUGACGACUCAUGAACCUGUUGCCUGGGAAAGCCUUUGAACUUGUACCCAAGCGCUUUCUAGUCUCACUACUGAGCUCCCCUUGGUGAGUUUGCUAAUCAGACUCCACCAGCUUCAGCUGCAUUGUUGGGAAUAAGUAAACGUCUGCUGCCUAUUCUGUGAGAGUGUUCUGUGCUUCCACUGCUGGGGACCUGAAGGGCAAGUGAAGAGACCUAAUUGCAAUUUCCAGCUGUUACGAAUAAAACCUGGAAAAGAUUCCCACCAACACUAUAACCACUAGACUUGAGUUCCCUUUGUAAGAACAUGCUGCAGCUGCUAUCAGGCCACAGGCUUAUGUGGGAGGAGACCCAGCAGUAACCACACUAAUCCUUACUGAAUGGAAGGACCACUCAGUUUAGGUGGCCUUAAAACAAAGCUUUUUUUAAUAUUUAAAGAUUGUUUACAAAACAUUCUAGCCACGUGCUGAGAUUCUUGUAUGUUGUCACUGCCCCUAAAGCAACAAGGGGUAACGUGUGUUUUAAAAUGAUGUGCAUAGCA